AGGUUCGAGUUGAAGGGAUUCCAUCUUUUGGGACCUCAUCUGAAGGAGAUUCCAAUAUGCUGGUGGUUAUCCCUAAGAAAAAGGUCAAAGAAAUUCAGAAGCCAGUCAGAAAUGUUAAGAAGCUCAGUAAAAAGGAGAGGAAAAGGCUCAAUGACAUUAUUCAAAGGAAAGAAAAAAAAGAGAGGGUAAUUCCUAUUUACAUUAAUACAAAUAAGUGUGUUUUAAAAACAAUUUUGUAAUCAAAUUUCUAUUAGUUUACUUGUGUGUUUUUGUGUUCUCUGCCACAAAAUUUCCUCGAAUUCCUUCCCUUCUUAUCUAAACAAACUUCUCUCUGUCUAUUCACCCCUUUGACAGCUUCGCUCGUCCGCUGACACGCGUAUUCUUUCUGUCCCCAAGACACGCACAAAAACAUACGGUGAACAAUCUUUCUCUUUCUGUGUCCCCAAACAAUUGAAUUCUCUUCCACUACACAUCAGCAAUAUACCGACCAUCACAGCCUUCAAAACUGCACUCAAAACACAUCUCUUUAAACUCUACUAUCCUGACUGAUCUCCCCACCCCCCCCCCCCCCCCCUGAUCAAUAAACGAUGCUGCUGGGUGCCGUCCAUGGCUUGACAUGUAAAUAGUUCUGGAGUGGGUUGAGUGAAUAUACAUUUUUUUGUUUUAUUUAAUUAAUGUAUGUUAAUUUUUAAGCUCAUGAUUAUGUUUGUUAAAUUGUAUGUACAGCGUGGUGAGCCCAGCCCUAGGCUGGGGUACUGCACUUUAUAAAACCACUAAUAAUAAUAAUAAAUGUUCAAUUAUUUAUUAAUCAUUUUGUAUUUUUAAUCUAGACUUUGCUUUAAAUGUAUGAAUAUUCUCUCUUAAUACAAAUAUUCCUACCAUUUAAAAAUUUCUAUUCAACAAUUAGAGAGCUGAACUACUGGAGUCUCUUGCAAAGCAUCAAGCCUCUGAAGAAGAAAUGAAGCGCUUUACUUCAAUAACAGAAGUUUACACACAGAAUUUUAAAAGGUGAUUUUUAGUCAUACUUAAAUUUGGAGUUAUUGCAGUCAAGACUGGGAGUAGAACUAGGACAGUGCUUAAAAACCUUAUUUCUUCUUCUUAUUUAUCCCGACUUUUAAAAUGAGAAAUGUUUCUUCUUUUGAAAUUUUUGAGAAAUGCUGUGAUAAAAAUAUAACCUCUGUAUCCCUCACUAUCAGGACACCUGGUAAAUUUCACCAGUCGAGUUUAUAUCUAAUUAAAAUUUGCUGUAUUUAACAGUGAUCUCUCUGUUGGGGACACAUUUGAGAUGAAAGUCAGCUCAAUCAAAGGUUCAAAGCGCCAGAAAAAAAUACACAAGAAACUGGAGGAGAAAAAGGAAGAACCAGAAUCAACUGACACCGAUGACAUGUCUACAGAUGAUGAGGUUGAGGCAAUCAUGGAGGAGGAGAAUACAAAGCUGGAGAAUAAAGAUGAAGAAGAGAAAAUGGAUGGUGCAUGCAUAGAUGAGACUGCAACUGUCAACAGUGUAAGCAUUUGUUUGAAUACGGUUUACUAACUGUUAAUUUAUUAUUGUUGGCCAUGAGGGUGUCUUAAUUAUUUUUGUAAUCGCGUUAGAUAAUAAGGGCUUUUGGAAAUAUUUAUGCUAGAAAGACUGUAAGUACUUUGAAGAUAACAAUUGAGCAUGGAUUUAACAUCGGGAAAUUGUUAUUUGUAAAUUUACAUCAAGGCAGUUAUUUUUAAAUAAAUUAUUAAAUUUGACAUACAUUUACGCCAGGCCAAGGAGGAAGAAAAGGGGCCACCAGUGAAAACUCAACUAUCGGUGAAAGUAGAUCCAAAACCUGUUGUAUACAUACCAUUGAAUCGCAAGUCUGAGAUGCAGGUGAGUGCAAAAAGAAAAGUAACAUUUAAAUUAUUGUGGCAAAGGUUAUUCUGUGUUUAAUUUAUGCAUUAGAAUUUUGUAGUGCUCUUGUAGCCUGUAACUUUUUUAAAAAGAAAGAUACCGAUGAAAACAAGUGUUCAUGCUUCUUAGCAUGCAGUUAAUCUGUUUUUGAGAUGAGUUCCAUAAUUAUAUUUUUAUGUCACUUCAUAAGAUUUAACAUGAUUUAAUUUUAACACUCUUAUAUAGGAAGCUAGAUUGAAACUUCCUAUCUUGGCUGAGGAGCAAGUUGUCAUGGAGACAAUAUCAGAGAACCCUGUUGUCAUUAUAUGUGGUGAGACUGGCUCAGGGAAGACAACUCAAGUUCCUCAGUUUCUCUAUGAAGCUGGUUAUGCACAGUAAGAUAUGGAAUUAAGUACAUAAGUUUCUGCUUCAGAAGUGUACACUUUGAAAAAAAUUGUCUUCAAAAUGGCAUAGUUACAAUUUAAAUGUGUCUAACUUUUUAUUUUCAAAACAUCUUAGAUUUACUUAGUAUUUCAAUUUUAAAAAAAAUGUUUUGUUUUGAUAGUUUUAAUUUGUAUUUCAAAUCAACUUUUAUAAAUUCUCAGAGCAAAGAAUUGUUAACAUUCUUUUGAGCUGUUCAGUUUGUAUUUUAAAUUUCUCACCAAAGUAUUUUUUAAAAGGCUUUAAUUUUACAUUUCAUAUUUCAACUUUAGUGGAACUGGUAUAAUUUGUGUAACUGAGCCUCGGCGUGUGGCAGCCAUAAGCAUGGCAAAGCGUGUUGCAGCGGAGAUGAACCUUACAGACAGAGAGGUCUCGUACCAGAUCAGGUUUGAAGGCAACACCACUCCUGAUACAAAGAUCAAGUUUAUGACUGAUGGUGUCCUUCUGAAAGAAGCUCAACAGGUAUAGAGUACAAUUAAAUGAGUGCUGCUUUCUUGAGACAUGAAAUUAUCUUGGGGGGGAGUAACGAAGACGCAAACAACUAGCUGUCUUGUCGUUGUUAAAGCUUUACUACAAGGAGAAAACAUUCAGACCUUGUUUCAAUAUCAUCUUUGCCACAGUUUCUGUAUAUUUUAUAUAUAAUAGCUUAACUCCACAGAAUUAGUGUCAAUGUUUCUUGUAGUAAAAAUGUCCUGAAAACAUGUAAUCCAAUAUCAAAGUCAAGUAGGGGGCUAGCUGAUUCCACCACAUUGAUCUAACCACAUGCUGGAUAUGUAUGUUUAAUGUUGAGAAAUUGCAAUCAUCAAUGCUACAGAUUGUUUGAAUACUUGAAAAUUAUUAUUGACAGGACCCAUUGCUGGGCAGAUACUCUGUGAUAAUCAUUGACGAGGCUCAUGAGAGAAGUGUCUAUACUGAUAUCCUCAUAGGACUUCUGUCCAUAAUCGUACGGCAGAGAGAUAAGGUGAGAUAAGAAUUUUAAUAAGCUAUUAUUAUAAAGUUUUUGAUUUUAGUCUUUCAUAAAUCAUUGUUGUUAAAACCAAAUGUACAGCACUUCAAAAGUAUUUACAAGUAAAUGAGUGACUCAUCUUAAUUAUACAUUUUUCACAAAGUUUGUAAUCUUUAGAGAUUUUGAUGGUACAUUUUUUUGUUUAUCUUACAGCGGGGGAAACCCUUGAAGCUAAUCAUCAUGUCUGCAACUCUCAGGGUUGAGGAUUUCACAGGCCCCACACUCUUCAAAUACCAAGCACCUCCACCUCUUGUCAAGGUAAGAUGAUGAAAUGUGACUUGAUUCUAUAAAAUAUGAAAUAAUACCUCAAGCAUCAUAAAAGAAAAGAAUACCUAAAUGCUGUGGUCAAACUGUGAAACGUUAUAUUUAGUUGCUUGCACAAUUGUAUAUCAUCAGCUUCACAAUCAAAGGGUUAGACUUAAUUUUAGAGGGAUAACUUGCAUGUCAAAUCUUGUUGAGGAUGCAGACUGCGGAAGUCUCAUUGGUUUACCUAGCUAUAAAAUUGCUGAUCAUGUGCAUGCCUAAGACACUGGUAAACAAAUUAAAUACAAUGAAAACAUCAAUCACCUGGAUGAUGUUAUUGUGUUUCACACCCAACUUAUCAAGAUGAACACUGAAUGAGUAUGGAUGUGUGUUGUUGUUAGUGAGUAAGCAGUAGCUUAGCUGUCCAAGCACAUUUACCUGGAAGGUACUAGCCAGCACAUAUCCUUGGGGGGUACUAGCCCAGCACAUUUUCCUGGGGGGUAAUAGCCCAGAUCAGUGAUCUGAUGGAGUCGAAGCACUCUCAAACUUGAGGGCAGAAAGUCAUCUUCUUAUAAGUCACUGUAUUCACCAGGUUGAGGCCCGGCAAUUUCCUGUUACAGUUCAUUUCAAUAAGAAAACAGCAGAGAAUUAUAUCACAGAAGCUUACAAAAAGGUAAAGUCUGAUGGUAUGCAAUGCUAUAUAAACCAAUGACUGUGAUGAGAUUUGCCAUAUUGUCUCUCAGUGGUGCAUGGGACAUUCAUCUCUGUUAUGGGAUGCAAGGACUGAUUUUCAUUACUUAGUAGCAAAAUAUCAAAGGAUUUUCUGUUCUAAUUAUUUUUAGUCUAUUUUACAAACAUACUGUACUGUGCAAACAUUUUUUUUUUUUGGUAAUUCAUUUUAAAUUUGACAUUUAUAUAUAUAUAUUUAUAAUCUGACAUAUAGAAUGUAUUUUGUAUUUUUUCCCUUCAUUAUCAACAAAGCUUUGUUUACAAUAAAAUUUAUACAUUUCAGGUUUGUAAAAUUCACCGAACACUCCCUGAGGGAGGCAUCCUUGUAUUUGUAACUGGACAGCAGGAGGUGCACACACUUAUAAGGAAAUUAAGAAAAAUGUUUCCAUAUGUACCUGGUGAAGGUAAGCUCAAAAACCAGAUCCUCAAAUUUUGUAUGCCUUGUUUUGUUGUAAAGCCCUCAUCCCAUACUAUGCUACUGGCAAUUAUCCCUCAUCCCGUGCUAUGCUACUGGCAAUUAUCCCUCACCCCAUGCUAUGCUACUGGCAAUCAUCCCUCACCCCGUGCUACGCUACUAGCAAUUAUCCCUCACCCGGUGCUACGCUACUGGCAAUUAUUGCCAUCCAAAUAUACAUGCACUAAUUGUAAGUCAUUGCUAGGGAGUAGUGGAUUGUUUGUUUGCAGGUAUUAAAACUGUAAUAUGUGGCUGUUAAUAAGCGAUUUUAAUAAAUGUUAAUAUUUUAAUAAUAGACACGAGUAUUGAAGUACUUCUUAUAAAGUAAUUUCCUGUUGGCUUAGUUAGCAUUUGCUUCUCGUGUCUUUAUUCCAAUGAAGGCUUUGCUUAACAUCAAAAUAUUUUCUCUCUACAGUAAACGUAGAACCAGUAAAGAAGGAAUCUCGAAGGGAGCGAAGAAAAAAAGAACAAGUGAAAGAGGAAGAGAAGGCUGCACUGGCAUCUGUACCAAAAAUAGAUUUAAGCAGGUAACUUAUGGUAAUUGGUGUCAUUAUGGCAGUGUUGAGGAUCUUCUAAUGUGAUAAUAAUAAUAAUAAUAAAGUUCAUUUCAAAAACACGCUUCAUCCCCAAAGGCUCGAAGCGCGGUACAAAGUCAACAAAAAACAAAUCUAUAAUUUACCACAUUUAAAACAAACGCAACACUACAAAAACUAAUUACAAGCAUACAAUGGCAAAGUCUUUCUAGCCAUUUCAACCAUAAGCAACACAGCCAUUAUGCAAUAACUGGAAAAUAAGGUUGACAAUCAUCCCAGAAGGUGUUUGCGAAAUAGAUGUGUCUUUAAAUUGGUUUUAAAGGACUCCAGUGUGAUGAGUCAAGCCUGUGAUGAGUCAAACUCAUUUCGAUACCUCACCAAGUCACAAUAUUUGUUUAGGCCAUUACUGACUGAGCCUCACCUGAGAGUUUGUUGUUACGUCUUCUUUUAAACUACCCUUUCUCACUGUAUUUUCUUUAAUUGCUGUGAUGUUAUGUUGGGGAAUAUAAUCAGCCAUGUGGUACAAUUCUUGGUUAUUGUCUGGUUGUCUAUUUUCUCAAGUAAACUAGACCUAAAUAAAAUAUAACAAACACUGGUUUAUUUUGUUAGUCCUGUAUAUAAUAUAUGGUAAACAGCUGUAAGAUUAUUAUUUGUUUUUUAUAAAAGAAAUGUAUCUAUGCUGUGUUUUCUGUAUAAUGGGAACUAAUGAGUGCUGUACUUUUACAUUUGCUCUGUUUGUUCCUGUAUUAACAGCUACUCUCUUCUGCCUCAAGAAGAUGAGGAAGCUGAGAGAGAGACAGAGGAUCUCACUGAUAUUAACGUUGAUGAUGAAGAUGAGGCUGCAGCUGAUGGCACAGUUCUUGAUGAUGACGAUGAUGAAGAAGUCUUGGUAAGAAGUAUAACAAAUUCCCUAUUUUAGUCAGCAAGUAAGAUUCGUCAUGCAGCAUCGUAAGUUUCAGUCCAGGAAACAUUGGGUAGGACACAGAUUUAUCUCUUUGCUGCACCUGAAAAAUAUUAUCAUGUUUGUGUUUCAGAGAGCCAGGAUGGGUGAAGAUCAACCAGACAGUAGCAAACCUCUGUAUGUUCUACCACUCUACUCCCUUCUCUCCAGCGAAAAGCAGGCUCAGGUAAAUGAAUGCAUUGCACUUACUUGGGGGAAGAUGGUUGCCUUUGACAUGGCAUUGCACUUCCUUGGGGGAAAGAUGGUUGCCUUUCACAUGGUUCCUUUUGCAUUUUAAAACAUUCUUCAAAUUGGAAUAAUACAUUUUUUUUUUUUCAAUCUAAAUAACUUAUUUUGUUUGGAAUAAAAGUUAAUUUUAAUUAGAGACUCAUGGUAUGACUUGCAUUUAAAAUGCUGAUGGUGGUUUGAUUUGAAAUGAAGUGCAUUUUUAGAUUCCCUGAUAGUCUAAGCUAUAAUUAUUUCUUGAAGAGUUCAUAAAUUGAAUACCCUCUUGCAUAUUUUCACAACAGGUAUUUGAACCCCCGCCAGAAGGCUGCAGGCUUUGCAUCAUAGCCACCAAUGUCGCCGAGACCUCCCUCACCAUUCCCAACAUUCGUUAUGUUGUCGACACAGGCAAGGUAAGACCAGUCCUGCUAACAACUGCAUUUGCAUGUUCUCCACCACUUGUAUGAGCACAGAAAGGGAGUCACACACUGGACUGAGGCAUUAAGUGCAGAACAUUGAAAUAUGUUUUUAAUAGUUAAUUUUGUUCAUAUUUUAAAUCCUACAUUUGUAGAAUGAUGUUGACCGUUUUAAGCUUGAUCAUGACCUGGACUUUCUGCUCUAUAACUUUUAUUGGUUUCAUCCCUUCCCCAGACUAAAACUAAAUAUUUUGACAAAGUCACAGGAGUGUCAACUUUUCGAGUGACAUGGGUGUCCCAGGCAUCAGCCAAUCAGAGGGCAGGCAGAGCUGGUCGUAUGGGACCAGGCCAUUGUUAUAGGUAAUAUUUAACGUUUGCAAUAUUUACCAGUAAAUAAUUUCUUUUUAAACUUAAAAAUUUUUCGUGGCUAUAUUUCAAUAAAUUUGACUAAAGAUUGUGUUUCUUUGAACUAUAUAUUCAUUAAUGUAAGCUUUGUAUUUUAAAUGAGAAGACACAGGAUUAGGAUUGUUAAGUAGUCUUUAAAUGCGAUCACAGGUUGAAAAAGUUAUUCACAAACUCUCCUUAUGUCUGUUCUCAGCUCUUCAUUCCAAUCAAUGCCACUUAAUCAUCUUUCUCUUACCCCUUCUCUCUGUCAGGCUCCCAUAUCCAUGUCUCAGCAAAUAUAUAAGAUACAUUUGCUUCACUAAUAUUAUUACACUCCCUCUAAUUUCAAUUUUUCAACAUUAAAAAGGUUCUCAUUGAUUUCUGUGAGUUUUAAUUUGCACUAUUUCUUGACGACUUAUUUACAAUCAUUCUAUCUAUGUCAUGCUCUUAGGCUUUACUCCUCUGCCGUGUUCAGUGACUUCCCUCUGUUCUCACCGCCUGAAAUAACAAGACGCCCAGUGGAAGACUUGGUUCUACAGAUGAAGGUAAAUCAAAAGUGGGGACAUUUCAUGUUGUUUUCUGGAAAGUUCUAACACUGUUUGCUGUAUUUUUGCCUUGUAAAUUGGUAUUAAACUAUCUUUGCAACUUGCAAUUAAUUAAUUUUUUUUUGGUUGCUUUAUAUUAAUACUGCUAGUGUUCUUGCAUAAACAAAUAAUUUAUUUUUGUGGUUAGUUUAUGAUUCGAUUGAUCCAGGCCUCCCCUCGUCCACAUGCACUGAUGAUUUAGGCUGGGGUUUUCCUGCUUCUUAUUCUGGAGCAUCAUUUGAUAUGUAAAUGAUAAUGUUUUAAUGGUGAAAAGAUUUAACUCUCUUGUUUGCAGAGCAUGAGGAUUGACAAAGUGGCAAAUUUCCCUUUCCCGACUCGUCCCGACGCAGAACAGAUCAAGGUAAACUUCUGUUCUGAAGCCAAUGAAAAAUGUUUUUAGUUUUUAAUAUUUUUAAAUUUUGUGCAGCUUGUGACGGAUACUUUGAUUUUAUUAAAUAAGAUAACAAAACUUUUAUUGAUCCAAGUGAAUGUAAUUUUGUUUUUUUAGAACAUUGUAGACCACUCAUUCUAUUCCAGAACAUUAUACUCAAACACAGACAGUAACGAUUAAGUAACAGAUUUCAACAUGACUUUUUAUCCGUAAUGUCCCAAACACCAAAACCAGUCGACCGGCGUCAAUAUUUUACAGAAGAUAAAAGUACAUUUCUGAUUUUGAUGAAUAUAUCUACCAGCAACAUUUAACGGGGCAUGCAUUUAUUCAUCGCUUGUAGUUAUUGUGGCAGAUUGCAGGACAGCCAGACAAUAAAUGUAUCCAGACACUAAGAAUGUGCUAAAAUUCAGAGCUACUGUUCAGCAAAAAUUCACUUAGUUAAAUGCUCAACACUUAUAAUCUGACAGGCAGCUGAGGGCCUCCUGAUUUCACUUGGGGCACUGAGAACUAUCAAUGGUGGCUCCAUGAGACUUAAAGACCUAAAAAAAGGUGGGUGUUGUAGUGUUAAAAAUGGGUAAAAUUCUAAUUGUGAUACUUUUCUACCACUAUCACACUCUGUAAUGUAAUCUCCAGCUUAGUUGGUCUAUAAAUUUAGUUGCAUACAUCUGAAUGGACACAUCAGAUUUUUGUGCCAAGCAAAUCUUACAUUUUUAUCUUUUAUCAGUCCCUAUGACAGAAGAUGCAGAUUUGUGGAAAUAACUGGUAUUUUAGUGUCUAUGGGGCACACAGUGAUGAUGUUUGUCUAAAUUUAAUGACUAGAACAACCGUCACUGCCACUUCUACAAAACAAAAUGAAAUCUCAAGUCCAACUUCACACUAAGCACUUUAUUCACACAAUAAAUAAUAAAUGGAACAAUAAUAUUAUUAACAGCACAUGAUAUGUAUAUAUAUUAUAUAUUUUCACUUCUUUUGACAUUGUCUCAUUGAUUAGUUAACUAUAAAGUGUGCCUCCACCUUGUUCAAUGUGUCUUCUCUGCUCUCUCACUUCAGUUUAAUGAAAACUUCUCCUGCCAAUCAAAAUUAAGUCCCAAACUUCAUGCUUUUCUCAGAUAACCUUCCGCUUCGUAUCGUUUGCAAAAAAUCAUGAGCAUCCUGAACAAAAGCAUGUGUUACAUAAACCUUUGCUGAUGACCAGGGGCUCGUGCAUGUAAAGUAGUAAUAGAGGGCUGCACCAAAAAUUAGUUCUUUGUGCUUUCACUUUUCUCUUCCACUAAAGAAGUUUUAGUGUUGCUAGACAGCUUACAUUCUCUGAAAUAUAAUGUUCUUUGUGUACUCCCAUUCAAAUAGCUGAUACGAUAUCUAUAAAUUAACAUAUCAUUGUAAUAAAUGGUGUUGAAAAUGUCUAUUCUAUUAUUUACCUUUUAGAACAGUAUCUCUAAUAAAUGUCAAGCCCUGUGAGCUAUUUUCUUUAAUAAAAGGGUUAAGUUAAAUCAAAAGCAAGAUAGAAUUAUAUUGCUUCAUGUGCUAUUCACUUAAUUUUAACAAAAAUUUCAGCCAAAAGUCCAGUGAUUUCAGACCUAGGAAUGGUGAUGGCAUCUUUCCCUGUCUCCCCUCGAUAUGCCAAAAUGUUGAUCCUCGCUAGGACGUACAAAGUCCUGCCAUACGUGAUAGCGCUGGUGGCUGCACUCUCAGUUGAUGAGCUGUUUGUUGAUGCCAUUCAGCCAUCAGAUCUGGAUGAUGAUGUGAGUGUCGCUGUGGUUGCCGGGUGAAUUUUUUUUAAUGGACAAAUACAGAGGAGAGUUUAAACAUACCAAUCAGGUGGAGACUUAGAGCAACAAACACAAAGGAGACUUAAAGAAAUAAUUUUUUUUUUUAAUUUUAGGUCGCUUUAAUAUAAAUAUAUAUAUUUUUGAAGUCAUGUAUGUGAGGAAACGGAUGGCUCUAUGUUUGCCUAUUCAGAUCUUUUCUUCUAGAGGACAAGACCUGUCAUGAAGUAACCUUCUUUCAAAAAGAAAACAUGUUAGAGAUGGUGGAGAUGUCAAGUCCAUAGCUAGAAAGGGUUGAAAUAUCAGAUAAUAAACAUGCGUUUAUCUUUGCAAAAGGUAGUCAAAAUGAUUCAUUUAUUGUUGCAUUAUGCAUUUGUGUACCUUGACUUAUGCCUAGUUGGGAUCAAUUAUUUGUCACUCGUAUGCUCUGAUGUUAAAUUUGGAAUCCAAUACAGUGUUCCAAUAAAUUGUCUAUUUUUAGAAGGAGACAUGGAAGGCGAAGUUGGCAAGGCUUGGUGUAUUCAGAUCCAACCUUGAGGUAAAUGUACCUAGCAGAUAAGUUUACUUGUGUAGAAUGAAAGGUCAGUGUACCUGGCAGAUAAGUUUACUUGUGUGGAAUGAAAGGUCGGUGUACCUGGCAGAUAAGUUUACUUGUGUGGAAUGAAAGGUCGGUGUACCUGGCAGAUAGGUUUACUUGUGUGGAAUGAAAGGUCGGUGUACCUGGCAGAUAGGUUUACUUGUGUGGAAUGAAAGGUCGGUGUACCUGAAAGUUAACAUUUCCCUUUGCAGACUUAAUCCUCAGUGUUGUCCAAAUUUGCAAAGUGUGCCCUACAAAAAGAAAGCAACAAUCAAAAGUUGUAACUCUGUGACAACCAAUAAACAUUUUAUUUCAUGGAUGGUUAAAAGAUCCUUUUUUAUAUAGUGUACCACUAAUUGUCUCAAAUGUUCAAAAGUUUUGAUUGAGAUAUUGAAAUGUAUUUUAAAAAUUUGAUGAUUUACUUUAUUGGGGUUGUAGAAACUGUUAUGAAAAAUGAGGCAGAUGUCAAAAGAUUUACUGAGUUCAUUUUGAUUUUGAGAACUUAUGAUUAAAAAAAAUUUCUUGUAUCAACUGUGAUAAAAAUGUUUCAAGGAACUCCCAAGUUGGUCACUGAGCAUUUGCCAUUAGAACAUUGCUGAUUGCAUUGUCAAAGUGUUAUAGCUCCACUGAUUUUUUACAGGGCAAUGCCUUACUGUUGGGAGAUAUGAUGGUCCUUCUUAGAGCUGUGGGGGCAUGUGAGGCAGAAGGGUGCUCAGCCUCAUUCUGUGAACAGCUGGGUGUGAGGGUCAAGGCCAUGAGAGAAAUCAGAAAACUUCGCAUGCAACUCACAAACGCUGGUGAGCUCACGUCAUUAAAGUUGGGAUGCUUAUCUGAGAAUUAUUUUCAUAAAAUUAAAUAAUUUAUAAUAACUAAAAUCUUAUAAAAAUACAAAUGACUCUAGAUUUAAAAUUAACUGAAACGUGAUAUUUUUGUUGUUGAAAAGGUUAGAUUUAAAAAAUUUAUUUGCAAUUACUUUUAAUUUAAUAAUUCUUAGCAAACGUGAUAUUGGAAAAGAACAAUGUUUUUGAGUGUUGAGAGAGAAGCUUUGAGCAAUAUGUGUGUGUGUGAGUGGAUUCAUUUUGUUUUAAAAAAAGAAUGUCAUUGUUUACCUCUUUGAUAAUCUAUAGUAGUAAUAGUAGGCUCUCAGAGGCACCAAUAAUUGACACUGAAAUGAUGUCACGUUAUAUUCUUUGAUUGGUAUGGCAGAUGUUUUCAUCUCUUGUGCCACCACCAAUAAAGUGUCUGUGUUUCUGUUUCAGCUAAUCUUGCCUUUCAUGAUGACAGUCUUGUUGUUGACCCAAAUUUACCCCCACCCACAGAAGAGCACAACCUCGCUAUAAGAAAAGUUGUGUUUGGAGGUCUAGCAGACCAUAUAGCGAGGUAACAUAGCCAACAUUUAAGCACUAAUUAAUUAUGCAGAAAAUAAUUAUUUUUGUUUAGUAGAUUCUACAACAUUAAAAAAAAUUAUAAUUUAGAUCCUUAUUUUAGAAAAAGUUCAUUAUCUUGUAUGUUUUAAUUAAAUCUGAAAUGAAGCAUUUUCCUGCAAGGUACACAUUGUUAAAAAAUGGUUUUAUGGAGGGCAAAUUAAUCAAAUGAAAUGUGGUCAUUCCUUCCAAGAUUUAUUUCAAACUAGAUUAGAUUACUAUUUUUUGUUAACAGCAUUAUAAUGCUUUUUUUAUUUUGUAUUAACUCUUAUUAUUAAGUAUAAACAAGUGCAUCUAGACUUAAUCAAUUUAUUUAGCUUUAUUUAAUUUUUUGGUAUUUGAAUGUCUCUGCUAAAGCAAAGUAUAGGAUAUAAAUGAUUUUUAAAUCAGUUUUCAUCUGCAGCUCCUGUUAUGUCAUGCUAUUUUUUAAAAGUCAUUAAAUUAUGUGAUCAGAAGUCAUUGAAAACUUAUCUGUUUUCAUCAGGCGCAACCCAAACCCACUGCCAGGGAUAGAAAAAACAGAGGCCCAGCGGCUUAAAGGUUCAUUUCAGUGCAUGUUGUUGGAAGAACUGGUGUACAUACAUCCCGAGUCUGUACUGUUUAGAAACACAGAACCGGAGUACGUUGUCUACCAGUCCAUGGUGGAAACAUCAAGGCUUUAUAUGAGAGGUCAGUGGGAUCUUAUGUCUUAGCUGUCAUAUUUUAAUAUAAUAAAAAAACAUAAGAGUAUAUUAUGAAAAAAUGUUCAUGUUAUCCCAUUCUACUCUCUUAAAAUUUUUUGGGAAUUAUGCAUGUUCCAAUUGUAAAAAAAAAAGAACAAAUUGGCAGUGUUGCAAGUAGCAGGGCUAAUCAUGUUUGUGGAGCCACUCCAGGCAUUUUGUAAAUAGAAAUCUUACAGUAAUUCACUGUUCAUUUUUUACAGGCAAAUUGCAAGGUCAACCUUUAAACUCAAAAUAUCGUUUAGAUAUUUCACUGAAACAUUCAAAGCUGUCUCUUUUCAAAUCUUCAAUCUGAUAAUCAAAUAUUGUGCAAUAAAAUGGGCAUGAUCUGACAUGAAGAAAACAAGUUGUAAAAAUCAAUGAAUUACUUCACACGGAAAUUUUACAUUUUAUUAGAGAUUUAAAAAAAUAUAAAUCGUAAUUUCGUGCAUGUUCAGGUAUCUGCUGUGUGGAGCCCCACUGGUUCCCCGAACUGGCCAGGUAUUAUUGCAUAUUGUCCAAGCCACUUGAGGACCCACCGCCGAGAUUCGACCAGUCCACUGGGAGAGUCUUCUGCCACCAAUCUGGGUCAUUUGGUAAUAAUUGUUUCUGAAUAAUUAAAUCAUUUCUUGCAUGCAAAAAUAAGAUCUCAUUAACGUUCAAAACUUGAUGAGUUCAUGAUGUGGUCCCGAGAUAAAAGGAAAUGCUUAUUUUACCGGCCAAUCUUUGAAAUGCCACUAGUUAAAGCUUAGUAUUGGAACAGUCAUUGCUGGCUGUUACUGAUACCAUGUGUCAUUAAGUCUCAGAUUUUGUCUGUUAUUCAAAUGGCUUAAAUUAUUCUGCCUUAUAAAUUAACUACUUAGCUAGACAUCUCUUUGUCCACUCACAGUGAUACAUGUGAGAGUUUUCCCCACUCAAGAUGUCUACAUAAAACAAAUAAUUUAUUGGGCCCAACAUUUUUUCAGAAUGACAACCUUCAUUGUUUAGACAUCACAUUGCAAUGUUUAUUUUAUUUUUAAAAUAUUUUUUGAUUUUAAGAUUAUUAUUGACUUAUUAUGGGGUUCAAAGAAAAAUUAUAUAUAUAUAUAACGGUACCCUUAUGUGAGAAAUAUCUGAAUGUGAAUAAUUGUGAGUUUUAUCUUCUUUUUUUUUUUUACCCUCAUAGGUCGUUGCAAUUGGGAAUUUCCUCCCACAGAGUUAGAGUUCCCAGACAGCGUUGAGUGUUACAGAUGGUUUGCAAAGUUUUUGUUGGAGGGAGAAGUUUUCCCCAAGCUGGCCAAAUUUAAGUCAUCCCUGCUAUUGCCUGGGGCAAUCAUGGUCAAAUCUUGGGCCAAGUAAGUUCUUUUAUAUAUAUAUCAAACAGAUGCACUUGUCUUGGCUUUGCAUGAGUUUAGUAAGUAAACACCAGCUGUAUUUUGAUGACCUCAUUAUUGGAACUCCAUCCUCAGGCUACAGCCUAAAACAGAGAGUUUGUUGAAGGCGUUGCUCAGGAAAGGCGCCAACUCAAAAGAAAAUCUGGCUGAUGUUUGGAAAUCUGAACCCAAAUGUGAGUUAAUUUCAAGUACCUGAUAAAAAAUGCUGCACAUCAUUUCUACGAACACACAGGGGGUUUGUAGCCUGCAUUCUGGAUCUGGUCACCUAACCACCAAACCAAUAGCUCUUACUCUGACCGUUUCCCCAAUGAAAAGGUUCCUAACAAAAUGGUUUGCGGGGGGACAUAAGCUGCUGUAUGUUACCAUGUAUAACGUGAUCCACAUAUAAUUAUAAUGUGAACCCCUAAAUGUUUGUUAUAAAAAAAAAAGCCUUAUCCGCGUACGAUGCGAUUUGUUAAUUUGAAUCCAUAAUAAUACAAACAAAGUAACUAAAUGAAUAUUUAUUUUUCAUAGAAAGGCCAAAAAUCCUUCAAAUUAUUAUAAUAUUUUAAAUGAACUGUGGUCAAACUGAUACGACUAUGCUAAUAUCCAUUCAAAAUGGGGCACUACUUACACUACUGGUGUUAUGCGCAUAUACAAUGUGCUGAGUCACAGAAUGCAAGUAAGCCAAGAAGAUUUUUUUGUAUGGGCACAAUGUAUAUUGUUUACUGGUAAUUACAAAUUUCUCACUCACACAUAUGAUGCAUACACCUACUUUUAAGUCAAAUUUUUUACCCUAAAUUUCUUGCAUUUUAUGUGGUAAUAUACAGUAGCUCAAAGGGGUUUCAAAAAGUUUGUACAAAUAUCUUAACAUGCAUUGUCCCUGUUAUAUGCCUAUAUUAUUUUAUAUUAGGAAGGUUUAAGGUAUUCUUAUUCUCAAAUAUGGUUCAUAUUAACAUAAAGUUGGUCAAUAAUUGUGAUAUUAUUAUACUGUUAAUAAAAAUGUUUGAUAAGGGAUAAAUCUUCAAGUAACGCUCGGGGUGUGGGGGGGGGGGGGGGGCGAUGUGGCUUGAGAAUUUGUGACAGGGGGAGAGGUUCAAAAAAUUUCACAAUUUUUUUUGUUUUUUUAAAUCUAAAUUUUUCUAAAUGUGAAAAAUCUUUAUUCAAUUAAUUUUAAAAUCAUUAAUUUGAGGCACCAUGAAACUCAGUCGUGCAGACCUUCUGCGCAUAUCCGAAAAUGACGCAAAAACUGUUGUGGUAAUUUUACAUUCGGCUUGUGGGUGACCAUUACAUUUUUCUAAUAAUACUACAUCUUAAUCCAUUAUGGGAAAAUUUUAAAGAAUAAAAUAACAUAUUAGUUUAGUUAUGAGAAUUUUAUGUAUGUUUUGAUUUAUUUUAAGUGUGACGUGACACCAAGGGGGUGAGAGUUUGUGACACUUUGUGAUGAGGGGAGAUGGGGGGGGUCUAAAAAGGUCUUUUUUUUUGCUUGACAUAAUUUGCGAACGACCCCUAAGUUUAAAUUGUCUUAGUGUUCAAUUUUUGUAAUGCUUAAAUGUUUUUGUUGUUUAAUUGUCUUGACAAACAGUUCUACAAGAGGAAUAUCUGGAGUGGGUGCCUGAAAGCCAGCAUUCAGCAGUUACAGCACAGUGGCCUCCCUUAGGAAGUGGUACAUGACCUUUGACCUAAUCAGUUUUAUCAGGGAAACCUUGGUGUACAUGAAUGAGAAUGAAUGUAGUGGGCUUGAUGCUUGAGUAUUCAUGAAUGUUAUGACUUAGUGAAUAGCUGUUAAUCUAUUUGAACGUAAGGAACAUGAGAGUUUUGUUGGCAUAUAUCAUGAUACGUCAUUGUAGUUCAAGACAUCAUUGCAGUUCAAAAAGUG